ACAAUGCAGGGAACAAAACAUAUUGAAGUAAACCAUUCAACUAGUUGGUCAAGUGAUUAGUUAUGUCUAUAGGGUCGGUUUUCCACAAACAUAUUUACCUUGGUCCCUAAAUUUUCAAAAGAAUGUAUAGUACCAAAAUGUAAUUUCUUUUAUUAUUCAUCUUAAAAUGGUUAUAGUUCACUAAAUCUCAUGAUCAGCUUGGCAUGUCUACCAUGGAUUUUCGUGGUGCUACAGAUUUACAACGAAAAUAUUUCGUUUUUUAUAUAUUACCGAUGGUUGUUAUCUAAAGACGUGAGGAGAGAAUAAAAGAAGCUUGUUUUGAUGCGGAUCUUCUGAUAACGUCUAACAAAAUAUGUAUAUUCUACAGAUAGAGAGAUAUACACACAAUUACACAAACAGUGUUGUGUUGUCAUGCUAAGACAUGUUUGGUGAUCCACUGCAAAUUGCUUUCGAUUUUUAGGAUAUAUUUAAUUGAUAUAUUGAAGAAAUCAAAUUGAUGAAUAUUGAAAGAUGUGGCCACCAAAGAAAGCUGAUGUUCCUUAACUCCAAGAAUAUUCCUUUGUCUUAGAUUUGUCACUCAAUGUUCCUUCUAACUUUCCUCCCCUACUUGCUACGUGCUAGUGCCUUCUGAUGCAAUUCCCAUAAAUGUAAUCCAUUCUUUAUUAUUUUGAUAAAUUCAAUGUUUUAAGGUUUAAUCCAACCGAGUUAUAUUAUUGUGGUUUAAACUUUUUCGAUAAAUUAUGUGACCUAAGCGAUACAUAUAGCCACUACACGCAUCACGCAUGCAUAUACAUACAUUUAUACUUUUCAUUCAAAAUGUGGUAUAUCAAUAUAAAGCAAAAUGUUUUGCCCAAAAGAAAUGUAACGUCUAAAAAAUUAUGAAAUAUUGAAAAUUUUCAUCAAAACUAAUAGACUAUAAUAUAAAUAAAAGAAUAAAUGUGACCCCUCAAUAGUGAAAUAUUAUCCAUAACCAUAUCCGUACCAAAAAAAUCUAUUUGUUUUGGUUUGGCAGAAACAAUAUAUUCAUAGCAUGUACCAAAAAGCUCUUUUUGGUAAAGAAUUAUUUUUUCCUAUAAUAAAUACAAAACAAAGAAACGGAUUAAUAGGUGGAAUAUUCUUUUAUCUCAUUCUCUUGUCUUCUCAACUGCCUAAUCCCACAUGAUAAAAAAGGAAUAAAAGCCAAACUAAAUAUUAAUACCCACAAGAUAAAACGAGAGCCGUAAACACCGUUGGAUCAGCACACCUAGUCAAUGUUUGAGCCAAAACGUUAUCAGAUCCAACGGUUUACGAAAAUAAGAACCACAUUCCAUAAUCUCAAGGUAAUAUUCCAAUAGCAUCUUCUUAGAAAAUCCCUAUUCGCUAUCUCUUCUCCACUCUCUUCCACUUGUAUAUAAAUCGCAUUCAUCUUCUUCACAUUCCAUAUUCACACACUUACAUCUAAAACACUUUGAAACUUUUUAAGGUUUUCAGCAAUAUUCUUUUCUUGUACAAUGGCUAACAAGAACAACAACAUUGUCGUCGUGUUCGAUUUCGACAAGACGAUUAUUGACGUGGAUAGCGAUAAUUGGGUCGUCGAUGAACUUGGUUUCACCGAGUUGUUUGACCAGCUUCUUCCGACAAUGCCUUGGAACUCUCUCAUGGAUAGGAUGAUGAAGGAGCUUCAUGAUCAUGGUAAAACCAUUGAAGAAAUCAAACAAGUCUUGAGAAGAAUCCCUAUUCAUCCUCGUGUCAUCCCUGCCAUCAAAUCCGCUCAUGCUUUAGGGUGCGAGCUGAGAAUAGUGAGUGACGCGAACACGUUCUUCAUCGAAACGAUCGUUGAACAUCUCGGGAUUAGGAAGUAUUUCUCCGAGAUUAACACAAACCCUGGACUUGUAGAUGAACAAGGAAGGUUAAGAAUCUCUCCUUACCACGAUUUCAACAAGUCUUCCCAUGGUUGCCCUCGUUGUCCUCCUAACAUGUGCAAGGGUUUGAUAAUUGAGAGGAUUCAAGCUUCUUUUUCCAAAGAAGGAAAUAAGAUGAAGAUGAUUUAUCUUGGAGAUGGUGUUGGUGAUUACUGUCCGAGUCUUGGACUCAAAGCUGAAGAUUACAUGAUGCCAAGGAAGAAUUUCCCUGCUUGGGAUUUGAUUAGUCAAAACCCGACCUUGGUUAAGGCUACGGUUAGAGAUUGGAUCGAUGGUGAAGCUAUGGAAAAAAUAUUAAUGGGAACUGCCAACGAGAUUAUGUCAUCAGAUGAAGAAGAGGAGAAGGAGAAGAUGUUAUGCUCUGAUCACUGCAAAAUAUCUGUUGUUGGGAUUGUUCAUGAACCUAUGUUGCCUCUUUCUCUCCAAGUUCCUCUACACCUCGUUAAGUGAUUGAUGAAGAGAACAAGAAUCUAAGAUUCUUUUUGUUUUCUUUUGUUUUGAAUAUAAUAUUGCAAUCGAGAAAAAUGUAUAAGAUAUUGAAUGGUUCAUGCA